UUAAGUUAUUCAGCUUUCCUCAUCCACAGUACAUUUCAGCAGCUCGCUUCAUUCAUUUCAGUCAUAUUUGUUCUUCCUUCAACAAGGACAAAGACGUUUCUGCAGGAGGAUAUAGAUUUUUCUGGCUAUUACUACAAUCAAAAUUGACCCAUUGCAAAAUCAUCUGAUACUAAUAGAUGACUAAUACUUUACAAUGAAGUAUCAUUGUUUUCACAUAGGAAAUGGUGUUUCCUGGACAGUGGCAUCGGUUUGCUUAAAAUAGAAAUGCUCUUUGACCAUAGAUGUUGUUUAUUACUAAAAGACUGUAUUAAGGAAAGGACGCUGCCCAACAUCAUCGACUGUAUCUUUGGAAAAAAUAGUAUGCAUGUUGUAGAACCAUACCUGAUAUUUAAAAUAUGAUACAUUCAACAGCACUUGCAUUAUUAAAUACAUCAGGAUCAUCAGCUGCUGUUCUCUUGCCACAUAAUCUACAAUCAGAGAUGAAAGAUUUUGAUGUUAUAGAAAACAAUAUGGGACUAGGACCUAUCUGGAAAGGAAUACUUGGAUUUAUAAUGAUUGCCAUGUGUAUAACGGCUACAACAGGAAACCUUCUUGUCAUCAUUACAGUAGCUGCAACUAAGCAGUUUCGUUGCAUAACAUCGAUUUUCCUAGUGAACUUGGCAGUGAGUGACCUCCUGGUGGGAGCUGGAGUUAUGCCACUUGUUGCUUUGGAGGUAAUAUACAACAAAUUGAGCAAACAUCAGCAUGUUUGUAUCUACAUGGGAUAUGCACUCCUUGUCUACUGUACAUCAUCUGUUCUCACUCUUGCUGCUAUUGCCCUUGACAGAUACCAUGCCAUUAUUGACUGCUUUCAGUAUAACACCCAAGUGACAGUCAGAAGGACCAUCACAACAGUGAUAUGGAUCUGGAUUCAAGCAGUAACAUUGGCAUUACCACCCUUUUUUGGAUGGGGGCAUUUUGAAUACCAGCCGACUACCUUCUGCUGUUCUGCGGACUGGUCCCACAGUCCAACCUACACUGUCUUCAUCAUGACAUGCUCUUUUCUAUUACCCACUUGCGUCACGAUAUUUUGUUAUGUUCGGAUAGUCAAAGUUGCUCGAGAUCAUGCUAGGCGCAUACAUGAUAUUGAAAGCCAUCUACAAAAAAGCUUAAGAUCUAAGGUAAUUUUUUCAAAGCCAGAAAAUCAAGCCUUUAUCAAAGUGGACAAUCAUGCCAGUAAGAAAGUAUUAUCUCAUCUUCAUACAGAGGACUCCCAAAGCAGCACAGAUACCUCACAACAACAGCGACAACUUAGCGUGACUCCCUGUCAAAGAAGAAAGCAAGAUAUAUUUGCUCUGUAUAGCUUCCAAGGUCGUGAGCUCCAUGCUCCAUUCCGGCUGUUACUUCUAAUAGUAAUUUUCUUCUGUUGCUGGAUGCCACAUAUUGUUAUAAGUAUAUCACAAGCUGCUCAGACUAAACAUGGCAGAAAUACCAUUCACUCUCAGGUGUCACUGAUCUCUGCAUGGCUAUCCCUUCUUAAUUCUGCUAUCAAUCCAUUGAUAUAUGCCCUGCUAAGCAAAAGGUUUCGGAAAGCUCUCAGGAAAAUAAGACAGAAAAUAUAUGCUAAGCUACAAGCUUUAAUCCAGAAUGAUGGAAAUAUUCUAUCAUCUCUGGAAAGUGGGAUAUCAAAGAAAAAGAAGCCAAAUGUACUAGGAGUGCACUCUGAUGUAAGUGUCUUGGACCAGCUACAUCUGCACACUUACUCUAUGUUCAGUAUUGCUUCAUUUGCUGAGACGGGACCAGCUGAUGACAAGGAAGAAUGUUUACCUUUACAUUUUGCAGGCUUCUCAACACCUUGUAUAAGAGUGUCACAAGCAAAUGAUGUUACUGCUACAACUAUUGAGGACGAGCUAGUGUUGAAAACAGACUCACUGGGGAAAAAAUAUAUAGAGCUGCCUACAUUACCUUUUGAACCUACAAGCUCUUUUCAGCUUGGCAAUGUAAAAAGUUCAACAUUUGUAUUUGGCAAGAUUACAGUGAAAGUUAAUAACAACAGUUGAUGCUUUCUGAAAUGAUGUAAGUAAAUGAGCUUAGAUGUCAAGGUGAAGAAAGAUCAAAUCAGUGUUAAUAUAUUUUGCUUUUAGGACCAGAGAGGUCAAAACUAGGUCUGAACAAUGUGUUUAAAUCUUGACAGUAUUAAUGAUUUUGUUAGUAUUAGUAUAUUAAACUAAUAAAAUAUCUAAGAGAUAUAAACAGACUGUUUUACUAUUGUGCAGAGCAAAAUGGAAAAAAAAUGUCAUACCUUACAUUCAAAGGGAAAAAAAAAAAACUAGUCAAAAGCACAAUGUAUAUGAAACAUUUUACUUUGGGACACAAAUGUUUUUCAUUUAAUUUGUAAAGAUCCACAACACAAUAUUUUGUAGCAAUCUAAUUAUCUUAAGGUGAAAUGAAGUGCUGCAUUCCUUGUACUUUAUUAAUGGCAUUUGUGUCUGAGCUCAAACGACGAAAUAGAUGACUAGUAUACAUUUCAAUGUAUGUGUUAAAUUUGCUGUUUGUGUACACCACUAGCAACCAUAGCUAUAGUUUAUAUUAUUAAUCUUAACUUUAUAUGAAGAAGCAUUUAUUUAUUUUUUUCUUAAUAGGCACUUUAUAGUAUAUUUAUUUGUUUUCACUUAUUUGUUUUGUUGUGGUAACUGUUAAGCUAGAGGUCAUUUUGAAAUAAUUUCACACUUACAUAUAACCAAAACAAGAUGAAAAAUAUAUUAGAUUUAGUACAGAUUAAAAAUGAAGGAACAUUAGAAGCAGAAGAAGUGAUGGUAGUACAAUGCAAGCAUAGACUGACAUUCAUAGAUAAUUUGCUCAUAGCAUAGUGCAGAUUACAGCCAUGUGGUGUGUGCAGGGAUUCAAAGUCAAUGCAUCAUUCAUGUUAUCUGAGCUGUGAGCCAAGUCAUAAACAGGAAUCCUGAAUAUUACUGUGGUGCAUCUGUAUAGUACUCACCCAGGAAUUACAUCCUUAGCUCAUUAACCAAGUCAUGGAAAGGGGAAUAGAUGGGGUAGCAACACACCAUUUGAAUUAAUUCUACAAGAUAGGUUUUUGAGGAGUAGAGAAUGCUACCACUAGGAAAUUUAUUAAUGUUACAAAGAAUCACAGAUAUUUCAAGCAUGUAGAAAACCCUUGAGGUCAGACCUGAAGUGGCUUGGUUUAAUCAUGGCACUUAGGUUUCAUGUCAGGCUUGUUAGGUGGUAUACAGCUAGAAUUAUGAUAGCAUAACCGAGUCCUUUGUAAAGAAGGAGCAGCACUGGGAGAGGCUGUGAGUAGGACAGGCUGUCUUUGAGUCAAUAAAGAUGGAUGAACAAGUAUGAAGGAUUUUUAUUAUAUUAUCGAUAUAGUAAAUAGUUUAAAAAGAUAAGCACUUUCAAAGACGAUGUCAUGAUCUGAUGGGAAACAAUGAUGUUUGAGAACUGGGUGGAUUGCAAAAAGAUCCAGUCAGUCAAUGCUUAAAGAACUUUGACCAGACUGUUCACUAGAAGGUCUGAUGAUAAAACUAAAACUGAAACAACUGUCUAAAUAUAAAGAUUGUGAAAGUGUAAUGCUAAGAGUGACUAAUAUAGGAUACAUAUAGUGAAUAAAAUAGUAGAGGCCAAUGAUAGUGAGUCCCAGAAUCGGAAGGUAUUAGCGCACUUGCAGGGUCCAUCACACUUGCUUUAGGUUAUAAUGCAUGCAUUGCUAUACUGUUUCAUGCUCCCAGGAAGAAAGCUUCUUUGCUGAACUUUUGUUAUCUUUCUCCACUUCUUAUGCCCUUAGGCUUCUUAGUUGGCUGCUCUGUCUAUUUCUUCAUAGGACUGAAAGUUAAGAGCCAUCUGAACUGGUUGUCAUCAUGCUUUACUCAGACAUAUUUCUACUUGUAGUCCAUUUCUCUGCUCAUCUCUUUUGAAGCUCUCUCUUUCCAUGCCAGAGUUCAACAGGUUCAAUUGAUGAAGGUCCUAACUUUUACAGAGGAUGUCCCCUAAUUUCAUCUAUGCCUUCUGUGAGCUGAUUUUCCAGUCUCCAUUAGUGAUUUGUAAUGAACAAAAUAUCUAUUGUACUCCUCACCAUACUCUGCCAGGAGGAGAAGGACAGUCAAAGUCAGUCAUUUUUCCCUUUCCCCAUUCCCUACUCUGUUUACUAGUCAAACAUGUUAGCAUUAGUGAAGACAAAUGCCUUGGCCUUGACUAGAAGUCUGUUGGCAUAUGAGAAGGCUGCAAUAAUGACACAUAGAGACAGUAAAUGUGGUCUAAGUUC